AUGCCGCUCGCGUGGGCCCAGCUGCGUCUUUCCGGUUCCGCCGGAGCGGCGCGGGCGGUGAGUGACGGAUCCCGGGUCCUUCCGUGGCGCCGAGGGCGGCGCGGCCCCGCCCGGCCCAUGGACCGGCACAAAGUGAAGCGGCAGCGUCUGGACCGGAUCUGCGAAGGCAUACGGCCUCCUAUAGUGAAUGGCCCAAUGCCAGCACGGCCACUGGUUGCACUCCUGGAUGGACGAGAUUGCACUGUGGAGAUGCCCAUCUUGAAGGAUGUUGCUACUGUGGCAUUUUGUGAUGCUCAGUCAACUCAGGAAAUCCAUGAAAAGGUGCUGAAUGAGGCAGUAGGAGCUCUGAUGUAUCACACCAUUACCCUUUCUCGUCAGGAUCUGGAGAAAUUCAAAGCCCUCAGGGUCAUUGUGCGUAUUGGCAGUGGCUAUGACAAUGUUGACAUCAAAUCUGCUGCAGAAUUAGGCAUUGCAGUUUGCAACAUCCCCUCCUCCUCAGUAGAGGAGACUGCUGACUCUACUCUCUGCCACAUCUUGAACCUCUAUCGCCGUGUUACUUGGCUACAUCAGGCUCUGCGGGAAGGGAAUCGAGCCUCAAGUGUAGAACAGAUUCGAGAGGUGGCUGGAGGUGCUGUGCGUAUCCGUGGGGAGACUUUGGGCAUCAUUGGACUGGGCCGAGUUGGACAGGCAGUGGCUCUGCGAGCCAAGUCCUUUGGCUUCAACGUGAUUUUCUAUGAUCCCUAUCUGCCGGAUGGAGUGGAGCGAUCCUUGGGUUUACAACGAGUAGGAACCCUGCAGGAUCUACUAAUGCACAGCGAUUGCAUCACAUUGCACUGCAGCCUGAAUGAACAUAACCAUCACCUCAUCAAUGACUUCACUAUUAAACAGAUGCGUCAGGGCUGCUUCUUAGUGAACACAGCCCGGGGAGGGCUGGUAGAUGAGAAAGCCUUAGCACAAGCCUUGAAAGAGGGGAGAAUCAGAGGAACAGCAUUGGAUGUGCAUGAGUCUGAGCCUUUCAGUUUCGCUCAGGGGCCGUUAAAAGAUGCACCCAAUGUUAUCUGCACCCCUCACACUGCCUGGUACAGUGAACAGGCUUCCAUUGAAUCCAGAGAGGACGCAGCUAGAGAGAUCCGCAGAGCUAUUACAGGUCACAUACCUGAUGCUUUGAGAAACUGUGUUAAUAAGGAGUACUUGCUGUUAGCAGCUCAGUGGUCCAAUAUUGAUCCUGCAACUGUCCACCCAGAACUCAAUGGAGCUGCAGCUUACAGGUUUCCUCCAGGAGUAGUGGGAGUAGCCAAUCCUGGGCUACCAGAACCACCAGUAGUGGAAGGGAUUGUAGCUCAUGGGAUCCCUCCUGUCUCUCAUUCUGCACCACGUACCCCUUCCCCGGGAGAGACAAGCAAACUGGAUGCAGAGAGAGAGAUUCCUGCUGACCAAUAGCAGUGUGUUUCUCUCCUCUCCUUUGACAGCAGAAAAAAGUAGGAGGGCAUCUCCUCCUAAGACAUUCUUUAACACCCUACAGACACUGUUUCCUGUUCACAUGGGACAGGAGAAUGCAUUUCAUUGCCGACAGACUUUAGCUCUUGCCUUUAUUUUGUAACCUUUUAGUUAUAAUUUCCUUAUGAAUCUUUCUCCUUCUCUGGGGCAUGGCAGCAGUGACCUUGCCUCCCCUUGGCUUAAUGAAUCAGUUCUCCCAUGUAUCUGCUUCAGUUGUCUGUGACAGGGAGCUGUCUUUGUGUGGUUGAAAAUUGAAGUGAAGCCACCUGAUCAGGGAUGGUCCUCGGUAUUCUGAACUUAAGUGUACACUUUUCAGUUGUGACUUGUAACUUAAAUUUAAUUUGGCUGAACCUCUUUAAGAGUAGCCAUGGAGAGUAUUAGAAAAAAAAUAUUAGUGAAUUGGAAAAGUUGUGGCUAUUGUCUUCAUUAUACCCUUGAUAGAAGGCAGCCAGGCUAAGCUCUGUUUGUUACUUUGUUUUAAUUAACAUUUCCUGUGAGAACAGGCAUAGUGCAGGCACUGUUAGUUCUUAACCAUACCAAGUUUUCUCUAUGCAGUUCUAGGCCUGAAGGUAAAAGUAACAGUGUCAAAGCCAGCCUUUUAAAUAGUUUGGGAUGGAUUAAAAUGUAAUCAAAUAUAUUUGGGUGGCCACCCUGUUUGUGAGGCUUCAGAAUUGUUCACCCUGGUGUCUAUAACUUGGAGAAGGUAAGAAAAUGGAGAAAUAGGAAAAGCAUGCACUGAGAGACAGUGAGGAGCAAUAAUGUGCAGCUGCAGUUGCUGGUUCCUCACACACAAGUACCUCGUAGUCUGUGGCAGUGUUUAUCUACAAGGGAUCCAUCACACUAGAAUUCUAAGCUUUAAGAUAGAGGGUUUUUUUCCUUUUUGCAUAAUUGCAUCAGCUAGAAGUAGUAUCCUGCUUAUCUGUGCUAGUGGAGAAGGCAGCUUUUGACAGUCAGGAGAAAGUUUUUUCACCCAGAAGGCAGCUGAGAACUAGAACAGACUCCCCAGGGAGGCUGGCACAGCACUAAGCCCAUCUGAGUUCAAGAAGUUUUUGGACAAUGCUUUCAGGUCCAUGUUGGGAUUCUUGGUGUGUCCUGUGCAAGGCCAGGAGUUGGACUCCAUGAUCCUGAUAGGUCCCUUCCAACUCAGCAUAUUCUAUGAUAUACUGCGUCUCUAUGGCAGGGCAGGGCAGCAGAGCAAUGCAAGACAGCAGUUUGUUUUACAAGAAUAGGCUUUGUGAAACUAAAAGGAGAACUGAUACUCUCAGUUUUUUACCUGAAGCCAAGGCAGAAUUGUUGCUGGCAAGUCUUCUCCAUUUCACAAAUAAUUGAAUAUGAAUCGCUUCUUUGAGGGAUGUGGAGUCUUCAGCAAAAGAGGUUCCCCAGGAGUAGAUUUUUCUUUAAUUCCAUGUCUUCCUUUAAUUUAAUCUUGUUACACUUCAGUUAUAGCCUUUCCAUGCACAAGAUGUAA